GCGUUUGGAGCGGGCUUGCUUUUAACCCAGGACCGGAGGAUGUACGACCUGUGAAGACUGUUAUUGUACAGGAGAUGCAAACAUUUUAUCAGCCUCUUGUCAGACUUUAUUUAAAGAGAAAGAGAAACAAAUAGAUGGUUUUAAGGACCAGAUCCAUGAAACUGCGAGGAACAACAACCUCAUGACUUGCCUCGAAAGAGUCAGACGCCGGAUUUAUUUAAAUCAAACUCGCCUUUACACUAUUGCACACAGUAGAUUAAUGCAUGUUAAUGAUUUGUUUUUAUUGUAAAAAUAUGAUUUACUGGAUCUCCGAGCAAAGAAAAGCUAGAAUUAAGUCUUUUUUUUUCUUUGUCUGUGCAUUAUUGCAUCGACAUACUGAUCGCUAAAUGACUAGUGAAACAUAUCAAGCUCUCCAAUUAUAACGUGCAAAGACGAACAUGUCAACACUCAAGACUAUUUCCUGAUUAGACAAGAGUCUGACUAGUAUUGAAUUGCAAUGGGAAUGCAAUAAAAGUUGCAUUGAUUGAUUUACGCCUGUCUAGACAUUAGCUGAAAGAAAUCUCCCCUUGUCAACCGACCAGAGAAAGAGACGUGUGGGAUUUGGCUAUGUACUUCUUUAAUUUCCGAAAAAUCUUUAAAUUGGGCGCAGAGAAGAAGAAGAAGAAGCACUAUGAUCACGUGCACAGGGACACAAAUCCGGAGGAAAUCUGGGAGAUUGUGGGAGAACUGGGGGAUGGAGCCUUUGGAAAGGUGUUCAAGGCUCAAAACAAGCAGACAGGCAUUUUUGCUGCUGCAAAGGUGAUUGACACCAAAACUGAAGAUGAGCUGGAGGACUACAUGGUGGAGAUCGACAUCUUGGCACCAUGUGACCAUCACAAUAUUGUCAAGCUGCUUGACGCGUUUUACUACGAGAGCAAACUGUGGAUCCUGAUAGAGUUCUGUGCCGGUGGAGCCGUCGAUGCUGUCAUGCUCGAGCUGGAAAGGCCUCUGACGGAGCCGCAGAUCAGGGUGGUUUGUAAGCAGACUCUGGAUGCUCUGCAGUAUCUGCAUGACGGCAAGGUGAUCCACAGAGACCUUAAGGCUGGAAACAUCCUGCUGACACUCGACGGAGACGUCAAACUGGGUGAGUGGGGUUUUAGGGAGCGUUUAGAGGGGCGGAUGCAUUUUCCUUCAUGUGUGCAGCACCCCUUUGUAAGUAGUGUGACUGACAACCAACCCCUGCGGGAGCUCAUCGCAGAGGCCAAGGCGGAGGUCACAGAGGAGAUAGAGGAGCUGAAGGAGGAAGAGGAGGAAGAAGAUCAUGAAGGAAACCUGCUGCUUCCUGGACACAAACGUGCACCAUCUGAUGCUAGCGUUGGAAGCUCUGAAGACGAGAAGCUUCCUCAGUCGCCGUCCACCUUGGAGUCUGUUCCUGAGAAGAGCGAGGAGGUGGCUACACCCAGACUGGCAGAUGGUCAAGUUAUAACUGGAAUAAAGACGGAACAAGAACCUCUGAAGGUAGACGAGAACCACAUCGCGGAUGCAGAAGAACCUGGAUCCAAGGAACAACCUGUGGACGUAUCUCCAAAGGAAUCUCAAGAACCUGAAGCUGGAGAGAAGCCUGUACAACCAGAGACUCCUGUUGUCUCAAUAGUACAAUCGGAGGAGCAAAAAGUAAAACCUGAGGGAGGGAAACUGGAAGAGGAAAAGGAGGUGGUGGGCAAUGGUGAACUCAUAAAGGAAGCGUCUGCAUCAGACAUUUCUUCAUUGGAGACACCAAAAGAACCUGUUAAACAAGCUGUGCCUGAUGAACCUAUUCCAACAUCUCCAUUGAAAGAAGAAGAGAGCGUUGAGGAAAAGGAAAAACUUGAACUGGAAGAGAAGCAAAGCCCAGUGAAACCCAGGUAUGUGAAGAAGGAGGACUCCGACUCUGGGAUCAGUACGUCAGCUGACAACAGCAGCAUAGACCUGAACUUAUCCAUCUCCAGCUUUAUUAGCAAAUCCAAGGAGCCAGGAACCAUUUCUCAGCAGGACAACAAGAGGCAGAAGAAGACUCUGAAAAAGACUCGCAAGUUCAUGGUGGAUGGGGUAGAAGUCAGUGUAACAACGUCCAAGAUCCUCACAGACAAUGACAUCAAAAACGAGGAGAUGAGAUUCCUCCGGCGUCAGGAGCUGAGGGAGUUGAGACUUCUGCAGAAAGAAGAGCAGCGAGCCCAACAGCAGCUCAGCAACAAACUCCAGCAGCAGAGAGAGCAGAUCUACAGACGCUUCGAACAGGAAGUCACGAGUAAGAAGCGUCAGUAUGAUACGGAGGUGGAGAAUAUGGAACGGCAGCAGAAACAGACCAUUGAGCGUCUGGAGCAGGAACACACCGAGCGUCUCAGAGACGAGGCCAAACGCAUCAAAGCCGAGCAGGACAAAGAGCUUUCCAAGUUUCAGAGUGCGCUCAAGAACCGCAAGAAAGAGGAGCAGGAGUUUCUUCAGAAGCAGCAGCAGGAUCUGGACAGUGCUCUGAAGAAAAUCAUUCAGCAGCACAAACAUGAGCUGGCCACUAUCGAGAGAGACUGUCUCAACAACAAGCAGCAGCUCCUGAGAGCCAGAGAAGCCGCUAUGUGGGAGCUAGAAGAGCGUCACCUACAGGAAAAACACCAGCUACACAAACAGCAGCUGAAAGACCAGUACUUCAUGCAAAGACACCAGCUGCUCAAAAGACACGAGAAGGAAAUGGAGCAGAUGCAGAGGUAUAACCAGCGUCUGGUAGAGGAGAUGAAGAACAAACAAACACAGGAUAGAACCAGACUGCCUAAGAUCCAGCUCAGUGAUGCUAAGACCCGCAUGGCCAUGUUCAAAAAGAGUCUGCGCAUCACGACCACAGGGGUCACGCCGGAACUGGAACGUGAGAGAGUCAAACAGUUUGCAGCACAGGAGGAGAAGAGACAAAAGAACGAGCGUGUCCAUCAACACCAGAAACAUGAGACUCAGAUGAGAGAUCUGCAGACGCAGUGCGACGCCAACGUCAGAGAACUACAGCAGCUGCAGAAUGAGAAGUGCCAUCUGUUGAUCGAGCAUGAGACUCAGAAGCUGAAGGAGCUGGAUGAGGAGCACAGCGCAGAGCUCAAGGACUGGAGAGACAAACUCAGACCCCGCAAGAAGGCCCUUGAGGAAGAGUUCGCCCGUAAGCUACAGGAACAGGAAAUGUUCUUCAAAAUGAGCGGGGAGUCUGCAUGCCUUAACCCCUCCACCCAGAGCCGGAUCUCGAAGUUCUACCCCGUCCCGAGCGUCCAGUCCACCGGGUUUUAACGCACACAUUCACGCUAAAAGCACAGACAUGCUAAACUGCAUUGUGACUGAACUUCUGCUGCCUUGUUCCCUCUGAUCGCUGAUGUCAGUCAGAAGGAAGGAGGGACUUCAUAGUUCCAGUAAACUCCAGAGAAGUUUUUUUGCUUUUGUUUUUAUUUUAUUAUUCUUUUUUAACUUUAAAGGAGGAUUUUCGGUGUGGUUUCCCUAAACCAGGGGUGCCCAAACUCGGUCCUGGAGGGCCGGUGUCCUGCAGAGUUUAGCUCCAACCC